AUGGCUGGGACCAGAAAGAUCAACUUUGCAGACUUUGAUGCGCUGGGUUUCGACAUGGAUUACACACUUGCGCGAUAUAAAUUUGUGCCAUUUUUCAAUAUGGUAUACGAAGGAGUGUGCAACUUUCUUGUAGAACACAGAAACUACAAGAGCUCUAUCUUCCACGGCCUGCAUGAGGACAAAGAUCUCAUCUACAAAGGCCUGAUUGUAGAUUUUGAGAAGGGCAAUGUGUUGAAACUAGGUCAUGAUGGAAUUAUACUGAAAGCUGCCCAUGGCACAAAAACACUAUCACAGAAGGAGAUUGAGACAGUGUACAGAGACAGAAAAUUUGCAGACUACGAGACAUUCAAACGAGGAAUGAAGAGUGCUGAUGGCAAAUGGAGAUUUUUUGAAAACUACUUUGACAUCCCAGGACUUGUAGCCUUUGCUAAAAUAAUUGACUAUUACAGAGAACAGAACAUCUGUGAGAGCUCAAGCACUUAUGAGUAUGUGUGGGCAGAUGUUCUGGCAGCCUUAGAGGACAUGUAUUCACCUUCACAUUUUGCAGAGAAUAAAGGAGAUUUCUUCAAGCACAUGACACAAGAGAUUCACAAAUAUGCAGAACCAGUUAGCCAGCAAGUGAAAGACUGGCUGAGAGCUUUACGCCAGAAUAACAGGAAGCUGUUUCUGCUGACUUCCUCAUAUCCAGAUUUCGCUGCUUAUGUCAUGAACUUUAUUAUGGGGUCCGACUGGAGGUCUUACUUUGACCUAAUAUUAACAGGCGGGAGAAAACCCAGGUUUUUCACAGAAUCAAAACCAUUUAUUGAAGUUAAGAAUCAAAAACUGGGACAGGAAGUCAAGAAACUAGAGACAGGGGGAGAGUACUGUCAUGGAAACUACUCUGAUCUAAUGGUGUUUCUCAGGGAAGUCACAGGGAAACAAGACCCACAG